GACCUUACUAGCAGUCAUGUGCAUAAGAUGUGGAAAAGGACUUCGCUUUACAUCUUAUCAUGGGAACUUUAUGCUGAGGUCCACCGACUUAUUAGCACUUCCAGCUGUAGAUUGUGAUAAAGCAUUGAGUCGUUACUAACUAUUCAGACAGUAUAUUUCCAAGUUGCUUUGAUAUACACUGCAUCCUGUGGAGAAAGGCGUAUUAGAGUACAUACGGCAGCAGCACCAGUGGUUGCAGAUCUGGGAGAGAUGUACCCCCAGGCUGCUACAGGUGCCAUUGUCACCUUGCUUUCCAGGCUAUUCUAGUGGUGUUUUAUAUAUUGUGAAUCUUGAUUUCGUAAGUUGUUCGGAAAUAAUUUUCGGCAGUUGAAAAAGCUUUGUCCCAUAAGUUGGAAGAUGCUCGGAACUCUUUGCAGCUAAGAAUUGUCAAAGUCCUCAAAGAAUAUCCACAACACCACUUGGGAGGGAAGAUGAUAUACCCAGAGUCUCUGCCAGUUAAAAACCUGUUAAAGCUCCUAUAUCCAUGUUUGAUACGGCUUGAUGAGUAUCUUUUGAAGAAUUUAUUAGAAGCUGGCACCAGAAAGAUAGCUUCCCUCAUGCCCUUGGCUGCAGGGUUUCUUACAUUUGUGGGAAUUGAGUGCUUUGUGGAUCAAUUGGUUGCUCCAAUCAAACCAAUAAUUGGGCAGUACUUGGCCAAGUAUCUGCUAGCCUGCAGUGGUCCUGUGGUGACCAAAUACCUAGACAUUUAUGUUGCUUACAUUCUAAGCUACAAGACCAACAUUGAAAACCUCUUGAAACAAGUCAAGAAGCUCAAGGCUACAAGACACUUGGUGCUGCAAGCUGUUGAAGAUGCAAAGAGGAGGGGAGAAGUGGUGGUCAGAGAUGAAGUUGAGAAAUGGCUGAGCAGCGUUGACCGGCUCACCGGAGAGGCUACCAAGUUUUUCGAAUAUAAAGGCAACGCCAACAGCGGGUGGUUUCGUUGGUUGUAUGGCCUGUUGAUGUCGCGGUACCAGUUGAGCAAGAAGGCAAAGAAGAUGAUAGAGCAUCUUGUUCAGCUCCAAGCAGAUGGAAUAUUUGCUAAGGUUUCUAAUUGAUUAAUUUGUUGGUUAAUCUUGUGUGAUAAUUGGUCUGAAAGUUUCAACUUAUUUAAGCAUAUGUAAUUCAAUAAUAAUCUUCUGUCUGUUGUAUUGUA